AUGGCACUUGUAGCAUGGGACACAGUAUGUAAACCAAAGCAACAGGGUGGUUUGGGGAUAAAAGAUUGUAUGGCAUGGAAUGAAGCAGCAAUGGUGAAAUAUGUUUGGAACAUAGCAAAUAAAGAGGAUAACCUAUGGGUGAAAUGGGUGAAUCAUGUAUACAUAAAAGAGCAGGAUUGGUGGCAGUAUGUUCCACCAGUGGAUAGCUGUUGGUAUUGGAAGAAAGUAUGUGCAUGUAGAGACAAAUUUGCUGCUGGUUUUGUCAACAAUGGCUGGCUUAAACAGGGGGACAAAUAUACAAUACAAAGUGGAUACCAAUGGUACAAAGGUGAAGUAGAGAUUAAGCCAUGGAAGCUAUUGACAAAGGAGAGGAUGCAAAAGUUAAAGUUAUGCCAAGAUAGUGAUUGCUUGAUAUGUGGAAGACAUAAGGAAACAGUGGAGCACUUGUUCUUUGAAUGCAAACUAUCAGAGGAGUGCCUGAAGGAGCUGCUAAAGUGGAUGAAAAAAGGAACAACAAAAACUGACCUUGAAGGUAUAUGGAGGAGAAUAAUCAGGGGAACACAAGGGAAGAGAUGCAGAGAAUACACAACAGCAAUAGUGGCAGCGUUAAUAUACAGAAUUUGGUGGGCAAGAAAUGAAGCAUUAUGGAACCAGCGGGUUCCCACAGUGAAGAGUAUAUGUACACAAGUGAAGCAAGAAUGUAAGACUAGAAUAGUUCCUCUGUUAAACAAAAAAUGUAGCAGAAAAGAAAGAGAAUGGAUUGAUCAAUUGUAUAGAUAUGGAUAG